GCCACCCUGUGUGUCAAACGUGGCGACCGGUUUGUUGGUUAUCUAACGUGUACUACGGUCCGCAUCACUUCAUAGGGCCGUUGUAUCGUCUGCACGAUGUCUUCCAUCAAGUGUUACGCUGUCUUGUGUUUAAUUUUGUCGUUAAUCCAUUAUUCAGUAGGCCUUUACUUUCAUAUAUCUGAAACGGAACGAAAAUGCUUCAUUGAAGAAGUGCCGGAGGAAACACUUGUCGUUGGAAACUACAAGUGCCAACUGCACGAUCCGAAGACCGGCGGUUUCAUGCAAUCCAGUCCCGGUAUUGGUAUGCAUGUGGAGAUUCGCGAUCCUGAUGACAAGACCAUUUUGUCGAAGGUGUACAGCUCUGAAGGCCGCUUUAGUUUCACUUCGCAUUCGCCCGGUGAACACGUCAUUUGCCUCUACUCCAAUUCUUCCAGCUGGUUCAGUGGGAGCCAACUGAGGGUCCACCUUGAUAUUCAAGUUGGUGAGCAUGCUGUCGACUAUGGCAGUGUGGCACGGAAGGAGAAGCUUACAGAGCUACAACUGCGUGUACGGCAGCUGUUGGACCAGGUUGACCAGAUCACCAAAGAGCAGAAUUACCAAAGGUUCCGUGAAGAACGCUUCCGACAGACCAGCGAGAGCACUAACUCCAGGGUUCUGUGGUGGUCAGCUGGACAGACGGUCAUCCUGCUGCUCAUGGGAUUCUGGCAGAUGAGACACCUGAAGAGCUUUUUCGAAGCCAAGAAGCUUGUGUAAAACUGGAUGCUAUGUGCACCCCGGAGUGACAUCCCUCCAUGCAUGGAAUGCUUUCCGUUAAUUUGGUGUCUCAUGGACUUUUAGCUCUACAUCUGAUGGUAUUUUAGCAUUGGCAGCCCCUUCUGUUCCUUCAAAAAAACUGGUAAGGUCUGGAAAGCAUUUUAACAUUUUGAUGACACCAUUUGCAAUAAAUGUUCUUCUAAGGCAGGGAAAAAACUUCUUUGCUGAAGACUUGCAUAUUUGCAGUUGCCACAGUUGCCUUUUGCUAUCCGGCUUAGGCAAAUGAAGGUGUUUCACGGAUGUCAGACCGGAAACUCGGCAGUGUUUUUUGUUUUGCUAUUUAAGAUCUUUGAUGUCCUAAAACAAGUCUUUCAUGUUGAUGAAAAAGUGGACAAAAAUGGAAUCACUACUAUAUUGUAUCGACCCAAGUUGCUUGUAUGGUUUCGCUGCACAUCAUGCAUUUUCUGUUUUGUCAGGGGCACCUCUUUGCGUGUGCAGCGAAAUUUGCAUGAUGCCACGACUGUCACUGUUUUGCUUGCAUCAAACACUAGAGUAUCAUUUUUGAGUUUCCAAUGCAAAACUGGAGCAGUUCAGCUGUACUUGAUACCUCUAGUAGGCUUCUAUGGUGUGCAGAAAUAAAGGGCGUGAGGAUAUUCCUUUCAUCCUAUUAAGUUUCAUGCCUUCAGUUUCAUGCAAUCCCUGGAUCUGUGUGCCUUUGUUUCAAAAGGAAUUAAAUGUCAUUUGACUGGCGCUGGUUAGAUAAAUCGAAAUACAGUUCAUGCCCGUUACAAUGGAUUCGCAUAUCAGGCUGACUUCCUAAGUUUGGUCUGCCUAUAUUACUAAUGUAACAACAAAAUUAGUUUUGGACGGACAAAAUUUUGGGCAAAUAUCUAGAUAAGACAUGUACAAUAUACUUUGCUGUGGCAGUGUACUGCACGACUUUUUCGGCCACUUGCAAAAAGUGCAAACAUAUACUUUUUCUUAAGGGACGGACACACUAGCAGUAACCCUCUCGUAAUGGCAAUGCUGUGCAACACCCCACCGGCUAAGAGUUUUCAGGCGACCACACAUACAGCUCACUGCUACCCACCGCUGUUGGCGCUGUGCCAAGCAGGGUCCUAGGGUGCUGCUAGGCCUAACUCACUUCGCUUUAAACGGAGUUUCACAUUAAUCACGUAGGCCUUUUUUUUUUUUUUUUUUUUUUUUCCAGAAUUAUACAGACUCUAGGUGCGUUACUGCCAUCACUAUCAUCCUGUCUUGUUAUCAAUGGCGCAUGCAGGGCCCACACAGUGAAGGUUAGAGGGCCUCUAGAAACGUGCAGUUUGUUUGGCUGCAAAAACGAUAAAGCCAGCUGGAUGCACAGUAACGCUCCGCUCACUUGACUCUGCCAAAGCUGGGGAAGCAUUCUGCCUUUCACUGCUGGAAUGUGCAUUGUACGCACAACCACUAGUGUUUCUACUGAGCAGCACUCCAAUGUGUAUACAGCGGUCUGAGUGGAAUGGACAGUAAAUUUCAAACUACAAACAUUGAUGGCUUUCUUUCAGUCUCGUCUUUUGCACCAUCGAGCUGCGACACCUGCAAUAUCACUGACAGCAUGCCUUGUCUAAAGCCCCUCCAUAAUGCCCUCGUCCGCUGCCUAGGCUAAGAGCACCAACCUGCUCUCCUCCUCUCCUUUUCGGUCUCUUCUCUGACCUGUGAAAGCGAAAGUGUUGCCAAAUAUAUUUAUGGUGACCUUUCCGCGGUGCUCAUGGCCGUGCCGCUUUCUCCACGACCGUGCCGCCGGUAGCAUGCCCAUAAUCUAAAGAAUGGUUGUGAAUUUGCUUCCUUGAAGCUUUGUUGUGCCCAGAUGUCACUCGAGAAACACGAAUGAGUAAGGAUAUUGCUUGUUUGUGUGUUCUCAGUGAGUACAGAAACAUGGAAGGCUACGACGAAAGGAAGCCGCGCAGAAACUUUCUUCCGAAAGGUGCAUAACUGGAACUAAAUGGCAGUGGCUCCUCUAAGGGUAGCGCUACUUAAAAAAGUGGCAGUAAACGUGAUGAAGGGGCUUUAGCGUCAUCAUGUGAGCAUUGUGAGAUGCCUGCCCUGCCAGGGCGCUGUUUCAGAACACUGUACAAGGAGCUUCAGUGCAAUGCUAAGCUUUGGUAUCGCGUCAACUUCACCAUUUGGGUGAAACAGGCCCAUUUUUAAAUUCAUUUUGCAUCAGACUUAUUUUAUUGUUUGCGGUGGCCUCCAGGCUCCAAUAAGCUAACACUAGAUGGUGGUAUAUGUGAAGUGCUGCCGUUUCACAAUGUUGUGGAAUUAGUUUUGUAUCUGUUGUAACGGGCGUAGGCUGUAUUAGUUAUUGUGGUUGUUUACUGCACUGGGGAUCUGUUUUUACAUUUUUUGCGUGUUGUCACUAGCUUGGGAAAAUCACUGUGAUGUACAGCCAAGAACAUGUGUGAAAGUUCAAAUGUUGCUGUCCGGUGCUGCUUUUUACAGUGCGAUGAAAAAUGUGAUGGCGAGAAAGAAUGUCCUGGAAAUUUGUCGCUUUUGUUGAACUUUGUGGCUAGGCAAAUACUUGGUUCAAUUUGCUCUUGCUAAUUGUGUACACAUAAAUGCUGUUUACCUAGGCAUGCUAGAUGUUGCUUCGAGUCGCUGAACUCUUAAAAGGAGCUGCAUUAAUAGACAACUUGAGUUAAGCUUUGACAUAGUCAUCAACUCUGUAUGCUGUUAACUCACCUGGUAUUCUUACUAUAUAGCUGUAAACUGCUUUAUACCAUUGCUCUUUAGUGUGUGACAGUUUGGUGAGGAGUUUAUUGUGCAGCACACGUGUCGGAGCUCUGUAAUGUUUUUCACAAAUCUUAACAAAGGCAGGAAAUAUGACUGCUCCCCUGUUCUGGUUUAUUUUCGUGUACACUGCAGUCACUUGAUUGAGUUUGUAAUAAAAUGGUCUCUAUAAAUGUGC